GUUUGUACUGAGCGCUAAACCAUGGCAAUAACCAAAGUAAAAUACAAACAUUUCAGCAAUUCAAGAUCUUUUUAAAAUUCAAAAUCUUAAAUGUCCGAACACGGUGCCACAUUACAAACUUACAACCAAGAGCUAGUAAAAUGUUUAGAGCAACUCAAAAUAAGGCGUAACGAAUUACAAGAUGUGAUCCAUCAGGAGGAAACGGACAAAUCGAUACUAGAAAGAAAUUUGAAGACGCUGCAAGAAAAAUUAAGUAAACUAAACAGUAAUCUCGCACAGCAUCAAAAGUUACGUGACAGUUACGAUCAGACAAUCAAGGAUACAGAAUUAGGUUUUAAGAAAAUACUCGAAAGUUCGCAAACACUUUUAAAUUUAGCAUUACACGAAGCAAAUAAGCUGGGAACGGUAAACAACAACGCCAACCACCACAAGACUGAGGGAUGAUAAUAAUAACAAAUCGAAUUUGUAUUUUCAUGUAUUAUUAAACUACAUUACGCAUUA